AUUUCUAAUGUUUUCAAAUCGCCUAUGCGAGCUGACUCGUACCAGAUAAACAUCUUUCAGAAAACACUUUACUGAGAAGAUACCUGUGGGAGCUGAAGCAUUGCUCAUCAGGCCGAUUCCAAAGCAAGCAUGGGAGCUGUCAAAAGAUAAAAUAAGUAUGGAUUCAAAACUGGGAGAAGGAGCUUUUGGCGAAGUUUGGAAAGGAACCCUGAAGCAGUUUUCCACAACGGUCCAGGUUGCCAUCAAAGUGACGAAAGUGAAAGAAGAGAAUAAGGCUUUGAUGCAAGAGAUGCACAAAGAAGCACGAUUAAUGCGACAAUACAAGCAUUUGUCAGCUGCGCAGAUCGCUGUUCUUAUGCCUUUGACGUAUCACUCGGUUUAUAUUACCUUCAUAAUAAGCGCUGCAUGCAUCGGUAUUGAUAUUGCAUGCAGAAAUUGUUUGAUUGAUAAUCAACGAAAUAUUGUUAAAAUAUCUGAUUUUGGUUUAUCAAAGCAAGCAGAUAAGUAUAAAAUACAGGGUUUUGAAAGGGUACCGGUUAAAUGGCAAGCUCCAGAAGUAGUGGCUACACGUAUUUAUACGAGAGAAAGUGAUGUCUACUCUUAUGGGAUUCUAGUGUGGGAGAUAUUCAACGACGCAAAACAACCUUUUGAGGAAUUCUCAAAUAAAACCGUCCGACGACGGCUAGCCGAUCCAACCUUCCGCCCACCAUUAUCCCCUGAUAUACCGCACGAAAUUCGAAUAAUUGUGAAUGCAUGUUGGUGUGCACUCCCUGAACAGCGCCCGGUUAUGAAGGAUGUUGCAUGGAUUCUCAAGAAAUAUAUCCGACACUCGUAA